AUGGAACCCAGCAAAGCCUCGGAAAUCUCCCACACUGCCCAGGAGUACAUUGCCUCGCAGCUCGCCCUGGAGGAAGACGCGCGCGAAGCACUCCCAUACCAAUUCGACACAUGCACGAAGCUCCUGGGGCCUCUACGACAACAGGUCUACGCAUGCUUGACAUGCUCACCGCCACCCGCGUCUCCUCAUCAACAAUACACCCCCGCGGGCGUGUGCUACAGCUGCAGUAUUAGCUGUCAUGGCGAGCACCACCUCGUCGAGCUCUUCCUUAAACGCGACUUUGAGUGCGACUGUGGAACAACAAGGCUGAGCACCUCUGGAACCCCAUGCAGCCUCAGAACGAAUGGGGAGACGAGACAAAAGGGAGGCGUGACGGGCGAACAAGCGCGACCCGCCAACAAGUACAACCAAAACUUCGAAGGCAAGUUUUGCGGGUGCGGAGAGGAAUAUGACCCGGAGCAGGAGAAGGGGACCAUGUUCCAGUGUCUGGGCCUUGGCCAUGUGGAAGACGGGGGCUGCGGCGAAGACUGGUGGCAUCCAGAAUGUCUGAUGGGGCUGCCACGAGUCAAGCCUGAGCAGCGCAAAGAGACGAAAUCCGAGACUAGCGGCGCGCUGGAGACUGUCAAAGAAGAGGGCGAAGAUGGUGCAGCAGGGCCUGACGUACACAGUGCGAUCGAAACACAGCCUGUGCUAGACGAGAUACCGCUACCCGCAGGCUUUCCUGCUGAAGACGACUUUGAUCAUUUGAUCUGCUACAAGUGUGCUGACGCAUAUCCCUGGAUCAAGCAGUAUGCAGGCACAUCUGGGUUUCUACCUGCACUGCCAGCGAGUACUCCAGCCCCUGCCGCGAAUGGCCACGUUGAGAUCACAGUACCGUCGGUGCCAACGGAGACCGCGGAGAGCAAAAAGCGCAGAGCUGAAGACGAUGCCGAAGACUCACAACAGAGCAAUAAGAAGCCAAAGUCUGACGUCGAACCACGUCCAGCUGCGGAGGCUGCCACGGAAGUGAACACCACCGCCGAUACAGAAGUGCAUGGUACGCCACAGCCCAAGCACGCCAACUUACCAUCUGCAACAUCAACUUCAAUAUCACUCUUCCUGAAAGAGGACUUUCGCGAACACCUUUGCCGCUGCGCAGAGUGCUUUCCUCGUCUAGCCCAACACUCUCAACUCCUCGAAGAAGAAGAAACAUACGAGCCCCCCGUCUCCGAGCCCGACCACCACAACGAAAAUGCCUCCCUAGGCGGUCGCAGUAUCCACUCGGGCGGAUCUCUCCUCGAUCGAGGCGAGGCAGCACUCUCCUCCAUGGACCGCGUCAGAGCGAUCGAAGGCGUCAUGGCAUACAACCACGUCCGCGACAAAGUCAAAGCAUUCCUCCAACCCUUUGCCGAAAGUGGACAGGCCGUCGGUGCUGAAGACAUUAAAUCCUACUUUGCCAAGCUGAGAGGCGAUGAAUCUGCUCAACGAGAGGCUGCGGCUGGUGCUGCUGCUGCGGGGUCGACUUCAGGAGAUGGGAGGAAGGAACAAGAUGGCUACUAG